AUGGACGGUAGCCUUAUGUUUGGAUAUGAUCGUGGCCGUCCUGCCAGUCACGGCAAUCUAGCGGCUGUAACCACUCGGGUCAAUUGGGAUACAAGUGUUCAAUUCGAACCCAGUCGCCAACUCGUGUCUGAAUUUUCUACGACAUCCGUAGUAUUUGGUCCUACUAGUGGUACUUGUGCUGGCUCGAACGGAUGGGGGUGUUGCUUGGAAUCUGGAGGUGCUGCGACGCUUAACCCUACACGGGAACCUCUGAAGCCUGCCAGGUAUCAAGAAGUAGUAUCGCAGGAGAUUGUUAUUGCUCCGAAUCAUUCAAGUUUGAGAGAGAAGGAAAAUCAGGGACUAUCUGCCGCCAUCACGACUCCGCUGAGUCCGGCUCGGAAGACAGUAGAAGCUGGCUCAGCAGAAAGUUGUGAAGUCAUACUACGAGCUCAACUUGAAGUUUCUUGCGCCAAGGUAGCCUGUAGUACUCAUCCCAAGAGGAAGAUCGACAGCAUCGAUCCAAAUCAUUGCACUGAGAAGGAGAAAGUGUUAGUGCGGCCAUCUCCGAGUCCGGAUCGUACUGCUCCAGCUGCCAAGCGCAUCUGUCGGGAGAAAACAGGCACUGACUGGCAGACGGUUCUUGACAUAAUCAAGCAUGGCGAGGAGCAACAACAAAAAAUACUUGCAGUAAUUGAAAGCGAGUAG